AUGGAAGAUAUAUACCACCCUGAGGUAGAUGUGGAGUGCCUCGAAGACUAUGUACCCGGCGAAUACCACCCAACUCUUAUCGGUGACACGUUUUCUUGGGUUUGGGGAUAUUCGACCAUUUGGCUCGCGCGGGAUCAGCAACGCCGGCGCUAUGUUUCACUAAAGAUAAUGGCUGCAAGAGCAUCGCCAGAUAGUCAUGAGGGUGAAGUUCUUAAGUACCUGAUGAAAAACGAUCUUAGCCAUGCUGGAAAGCGAUUCAUUCCACCGCUACUUGACCAAUUCUCGUUUCACGGUCCAAACGGACAUCAUCGUUGCUUGGUCGGAGAGCCUGCUGGCUGCAGUAUUUCUAAGUCCAAAGAGGACAGCACAAAUUUUAUGUUUCCACCGGACGCUGCGAGAUCUACUGCCGCCCAGCUCCUUUUGGGGUUGUCUUAUUUGCAUGCAAACGGCAUAUGCCAAGGAGAUAUCCAUUUGCGCAACUUUCUCUUACGAAUGCCAAACUUUGACGACCUAAGUACAGCUGAGCUAUACAAGCGCUUCGGCGAACUAUACGAGGUUCCUAUCCGGCGAGUGGAUGGAAACCCCGGGGCACCCCACGCACCGCCGCAUGCCAUCUAUCCCAUGGCUGUGAGCAUGCCUGCCAACGAGCUGUACAACCCAGAGAUCAUCACCUCGGACUAUGGAACAUCCUUUAUCGUGUCACAGACGGCCUCACCGACUCUCCACACCCCAGCUCUCUACUCUCCUCCAGAAGACUUUUUCAACGAACCCAUCAUCCAUCCCACCGCAGCUGAUGUAUGGACCCUGGGUGUCAACCUGUACGAAGUCUUAGGCGAGCGUCCACUCUUCGAAACAUUCACCUGGGACCGAGACGACAUUAUCGCCGAGAUGAUCAACACGCUGGGCCAGCCGCCCUCGAGAUGGUGGAACUCGUGGGCUAAACGCUCCGAGUUCUUCAACGAGGAUGGGUCGUGGGUCGCUGACUUCCGCCGGAUCAGCACCCCAGUCUUCCGGCGUCUGCCUCAGCGCCUUUGGGACAUGGGUCGGGGUGAGACGGGGCAGACGUGCGAAUGGGAUGUUAAGGGCGGUGAACUACGUGCGUUGGAGGACUUGCUCAGAGCGAUGAUGGCGUUUGAACCGGCAGAGCGACCCACGGCGGACCAGAUCCUCAAGUCUGAGUAUAUGGUUAAAUGGGCGUUGCCCGCGUGGGAGAGGCAGAAAGGGCAGCACUCGCCAUCCAGGUGA